AUGAUUAAUCAUCACUUACAAUUCAAUGUUUCUCAGAAGGACCCGACGCGCGUCUACAAUGACACAAUGAACUUUUCGGUUAAUUUAGUCUUCAAGUGCGUUGGAAGUUUUGCUUGUCUGAAUGUGCUUUUGCAUGCGUUUCAAGCUGCAGCUGGCGAGAUCCAAGAGUUACCCUUGUGUCCGGAGAAAAUCAAUGAUCGUGUCAGACGACACGUUCUAGUGAGUCAUCUCUGGAGAAAAGGAAUCAUUGCUACUGCCGGGCCCCGUGAUCGAAUCACCGGAUCGUCAAAGCUUGGAGGUCGCUGCUACGACAUUACUUCGUUCCGGGAUGUGACACCGAGCAAGUCCCACUGGGGUUCGUCCCUAUCCCUGUUUGAAGAUGCGGCACGGGCUAUUCAAUGGGAAGUCCUCCCGCUAUCUCGCUACCUGUCGCAGCUAAGCACUUUGGCGCGUCUCAAAUUGUAUCUGCUGGAAGCUCGAGAGAUCGCAGGCUACACCACACCCGUCGCCAAUCAAUUCGUUGAGACAGGCCCCUGA